UUCCAAUCCCCUCCAUAUCAUGUGAUUCAGGUGUUCCAAUCCCCUCCCAAUCAUGUGAUUCAGGUGCUCCAAUCCCCUCCAUGGACACAGGUGUAUACAAUCAAGCCCCUAGGCAUGCAGACGGCUUCUACAAACAUUGGUGAAAGAAUGGGUCGCUCUCAGGAGCUCAGUGACUCCAAGCGUGGUCCCGUGAUAGGUGGCCACCUGGGCAAUAAGUUAAUCCGUGACAUUUCCUGGCUACUAAAUAUUCCACGCUCAACUGUUAGUGGGAUUAUAACAAAGUGGAAGCCACUGGGAACAACAGCCACUCAGCCA